AUGGCCGCGAACAAUGUGGGAGAAAUCCAAGACGAGAUUGGCUUCCUCGAAGCGCGUCUUCAAGAUGCCAGGAACCGUCUCAAAAAUGUCCAAUUGACCGGCACGCAAAACGCAGCCCAGAAAGACUUGGCCGCUGCAAACGACGCAGCGAUCUCGGCCAGCGUUGCGCCAGGACUCGGCUCACAUACACACUUUCUCCUGCUUCUCUCCGACUCCCAAUUGCCCCUGGGGUCGUUCGCCUUCAGCAGUGGCUUGGAGUCCUACCUCGCCCACACGCCACCACGCGCAGCGUCCUUCUCAUCCAGCUUUCUCCCCUCGUCAAUCUCGUCCAUGGCAUCUACAACGCUUCCGUUUGUUCUUGCCGCGCACCGAUCGCCGCCGAAGCUGGCGGAACUGGACGACCAGCUCGACGCGGCGAUUGUGUGCACCGUGGGCAGGAGGGCGAGCGUCGCCCAGGGUCGGGCACUGCUGGGCAUUUGGGAGCGGUCUUUUCGCAGUACCGUGGCCGGCGACGGGCAAGUGCUGAAGGAUUUCUCAACUCUACUGCGAGAAAGCAAGGGUCAGGAUGUGCCUCUCGUCUCUGCCCAUCUAGCGCCGCUUUUUGGUAUCAUCUGCGCCCUCGUGGGCAUGAGCCUGCGGCAGACGGCGUACGUCUUCAUGCUAAGUCACGUCAAGGCAUUGGUGUCGGCGGCGGUGCGGGCGAGCAUGUUCGGUCCCUACCAGGCGCAGAAAGUACUAGCAAGUGUGCAGGUCCAGCGGCUGAUUGACGUGGUCAUUGACAGAGAGUGGAACACGGCAGUGGAGGAAGCUGGGCAGGCUACGCCGAUAAUGGAUCUGUGGAUCGGAAGGCACGAGGUCUUAUACUCGAGGAUAUUCAACAGCUAG